AAAUGUCUCUAACGUUCUCUCGCAUCACAACCGUCGACGUCAUCCACGAAAUCGAUCUCAACCGUCCGUUUCUUUUUAAGUCGCCGCGAAAAAUCGGGACUCUCAUCAAUGCCAUUCGGCGCCCAUUUGUCAUAAGAGAAAGUAUGGGCCGUCAGAUCAAGAUCGGACGUACAGGUCUGGCGUAGUCUUCGGGGGGAGUUGGUUGUAUUUUCAUUUCCCCUGUUUUCCAUUUUUUCGGUUUCUAAACCCUGGGUCUCUUGAAAUUGAAGAAACCCUAGCUCGUCGUUUUCUAUCUAGGGUUGGGUUGGGGAAUCACCUCGGAGGAAGUCGUAUAAAUCGAAGGAUUUCCUUGCAAGAGAGAUCGGAUUCGAUCGGGGAACCAGUUUCCCCAUAGAGUCUGGAGCCGAUCGGUGGGAGAAUUUGUUCCAGAUAUGCGCUUUUGAUUCAGUGUUCUAUUUCUGUGCGUUUUGGGAUCAUGUGGUUGGAAUGAUGUUGUCAGAUCCGGAAUUAGGGUUUCGAUCGGCGCCUAAUGUAUGAUGGAUGAUAAAAUUUGGGGGUUUUGGUUGCCUUCAUUUGGAUUGAGGGUCUGUUGAUGGAACUCAGCGUCGAGAAACCUGUGGUACCCGAUAUUCCCAAGAAGUCGAGACCUUUUAAUCUCCCCAGCAUUUAUGUGAAGAAACCAACGGGUUCUGAUAGAAAACUAUGGGCUCAGAAGGAGCUUUUGGGGGCGAGAGAGAUUGCUAAAGCUUUGAAGCGGAAAAGGAGUUCCUCAUAUGAUAAUGGUGGUUCUGUUCUAGAGGAAUUAAGGAGUAAAAGGAGUAGAAAGGAGGUCUCUCUGAGCAGUUUAGGACCUGCCAUUAAGAGGCACCGCAACAAUCUGAAAACGUCAAGACCAAAGCAGGAUGGGUCUGUUUUUGCUGUUGGAACGACGGAGAAAGUGGGCACCAUAAGUGGUGUUUCAGGCAGUUUGGAAAUUGCAAAUGGUAAGGUAAGACACGUGGGAAAUGAUCUUACCAUAGCAUCAUCGAAGAAGAAAAAACGCCGAUCUCAGCAAGUUGGGAACUUAGGGAACUCGAGUGGGUUGGUUGAUAGUGUAGUUAUUCCAAAGCGACCGCGAGGCAUCUCAAGGUGGAAAAAAUCCGAAGAUAUUGUCAGCUUGAAGAGUGCUACGAGUAACCUCAAAUGUGGUAACAGCAGUACAGAAGUUUGGAACAAUGAAUCAUCCACCAUUGUAGUUCCUCAGUCUCAGGUGUCAAAUGGUAGGCAGAGGAGGAAACUUAAUGAAUUUAAGGAGUAUGGAUCCAGUAGAAGUAGUUCUGUUCCUCACAUUGAAGGUGGAAGUGGUAGUUCCAUUCAGGUUAGUAGUAGAAGGGACCAAAAUAGGAAGAAACAGCAGCCCACAGUGAUUAAAGAGACUAAUCUUGAGAAUGAAGCACCUUUGAUUGGCAAUGAUGAGCCAUUUUCUGGGGAUUUUCAGGAUGACGAUGAUGAGAACCUGGAACAAAAUGCUGCCAGAAUGCUUUCAUCUCGGUUUGAUCCAAGGUGUACAGGAUUCUCAAGGAAUAGGAUGGUGCCUACAACAGAAUCAGCAACCAGGUCAUCAUUAGUGCAAUCAUUUCAUCAGAAUUUGCAGGAUCCAGUGAUAGAAGCUUCUCCUGUGGAUGCUGCAGGUAGGGUGCUGCGCCCAAGGAAACGCAAUGGUAAAAGUUUUGUCAGGAAGCGUCGUCAUUUCUAUGAGGUCUGCUCUAAGGAUAUGGAUCCCUAUUGCAUCGUCAAGCAGAGAAUUAAAGUAUUUUGGCCUCUGGACAAGAGUUGGUAUUUUGGCCUGGUUAAGGAUUAUGAUCCUAUAACAGAGUUGCACCAUGUCAAAUACGAUGAUCGUGAUGAAGAGUGGAUUAAUCUUCAAAAUGAGAGAUUCAAGCUGUUGCUUUUCCCUAGUGAAGUCAGAAGCAAGUUUAAUUCCGAGAAUUCUUUGGAACGGAAACCGACGAGUAGACAACUUGUGAAACAUGCUAUGGAUGACAGUGGUGUAGGCAGCUUGAUGGAGUCGGAACCCAUUAUCUCAUGGCUGGCUCGGUCAAAUCGCCUACUGAAGUCAACCCCAGCUAAUAUCAUAAAGAAGCAGGGUAGAGCUAAUCCACUAAAGGAUUUUGAGCCAUCCAUUUCGUUGGAGAUGAAAAAACACAUGGCUGUGAGUCCAUCUGAUUUGAGAUCAAAUAAAUUAUUUUCCAAAUCUGAUGUGCCAAAGAGGUCAUCUGAUGAGGGCAUUGCUGAAGCACUGGUGCUGAAGGGCAAAACUGGCUUUGAAGAUAGGAAGUUAUCUUAUGUCUAUUCCAGGAAGCGUUUUCGCUAUAGAAAGGAUCGUUUGGGCAACAAUAUGCUGGAGCAGGACUUUGCUUGUGGUAGUUCCACCCAGUCAAUCAGUAUACUUGCUUCUGUUGCUAACAGGGCAACAGUUAUAGAAGGACCGAAUGUAAUCAGCACAUCAGUAGAAGUGAAACAAGUUGCAUUGAAACUGAUGAUACCAACUCAGUACAUUCAUGAGCUUGCAUUUGGAGCUGAAAGCUUUUGGCUGUGCCGAGCCCAUUUUCUUAUGCAGUGUGGUAAACUGAUGCAUGUGUGGCCAAUGGUUCAUAUGGAAUUAAUUUUUGUUGAUAAUGCUCAAGGAUUAAGGAUUCUCUUGUUUGAGGGGUGUUUAAAGUGGGCAGUAUCUAUACUCUGUGUAAUCAUUAGGACAUUUUAUCAACAUACCGAUCAAAGCAACUUCAUCGAGCUAGAAAUGCCCUGCACUUCAAUUGGGUUCAAGAUUUCAGGCUUGCAUGAUCAAGGAGGGGACCUUCUCAUCAUCUUAUACAGCUUCUUCAAGCUAAAUAAAUCGAAAUGGAAAUGCCUGGAAGAUAAACUCGAACUGCAUUGCAUGAAAGUCAAGGAGCUACCUGUAGCGGAGAUCACAUAUUCAAGCAUCAAGAACCUCCCAAGAAAAAGUGAUCAAAUAGUCUGCACUUCCAAUGUUAAGGAUCCAGCUUCACUUGAGGAUUGCUCAGAAGGAUAUUUCUCAGACCUUCUACAGGGGCUUAUCCCCAAUAAAUUAUUUUAUUUGAAUACAAAACCUACAGUUUGUUAUCUUGAUGAGAAACGUGGUGGUCCUCUCCAAUGCACCUUUUUCUUACCUGCUCUAGCUUCCUUUUUACUGAGCAUUCAUGUCAAAUUUCUGAUUGAGAACAAUGCAGCCUCUGUUUCCUCUCAGAAGGCCACUACAAUUUCUUCACAAGAACAUCCAUGUAAUAAUGACCAAUUGGCAGCUGAUGGCUGCUCUCUCGUUGAGGAACCUUCUGAUCAAGUUUCUGAAGUCACACAUGAGAACCUGGGAACCUCUUUGGCCCAGGCUGCUGCCAGUUCUGGAAGGCGAGAAACAGAUGCUCUCUCUGCUAGCAGUGAUGGUAACUGGAUGAAAUCCUCUCAUGAUCUCCUCGUUACUGAGGUUAAAGUGAUCGAAAAUUUGGUAGGUCAUGGAGAUACGGAGAACAGCAGUUAUGGUGAGACUGUUAAUGUACGUGAAAGGCUACAAUGUCAGAUUGAGUCAUGGAAAGGUGCUGAUAAGUCAUCUUCUUCAUAUCCUGAAGAUUCUUUUUCCCCAGACAAGUCUGAAGGUGGGUGCAAUUCUUCUAUGAAUGCUACCAAUGUCCAAGCUCAACUGCUUGAUGAAGUGGUGGAGGGGCAUUCAUUUGGUAAGAGAACACAAGCUGCUGAGCCUGCAUCUGAUCUGGUCUGGGAAAUGAAUGAGCAUGCAAUAUAUAGUGCAAAUCCAACUGCUCCGAGAAGCAUAUGGCAUCGCAAUCGCCAUUCUUCAGCUUCAUGUGCAUUUGGUCACCAUGAAAAAUUAUGGCCAGAAGAUUUUGUGCAAAAUGGCUCCAAGAAACCUAGAACACAGGUAUCAUAUUCAUUAUCCUCUGGAGGCUGCGAACUUGGUUUAAAACCCCAAAGCAAUCACCGUAAAGCACAUACCUAAAAAAUAAAAAACAAUAAUGUAAAGAGGUCUUCUGGUUGCUUGGGAAAUCCUCAGAGCUAUUGGGAGUCACGGACAUGUGAUGCAAAUGUCCUUGUUACACUUUCAGAUAGAGGGCGGAGAGAAUGUGGAGCGCAGGUUGUACUUGAGUCAGAUGAUCAGCAGAAUUGGAGGAUUUGUGUAAAAUUUUCAGGGAUUACCAAGUAUUUUCAUAAGGUACACCACUUCCUGCAGCCUGGGACAACAAAUCGUUACACUCAUGCUAUGAUGUGGAAAGGAGGAAAGGAUUGGACCUUAGAAUUUGCUGACAGGAACCAGUGGUCUUUUUUCAAACAAAUGCAUGAAGAGUGCUACAAUCGGAACAUUAGGGCUGCCUCUGUUAAACAUAUUCCUAUCCCAGGUGUUCGCUUGAUCGCAGAUGGUGAUGACAACAUUGCUGACAUGCCUUUUGUUCGAAAUCCACCAAAAUAUUUUCGGCAAGAUGGGACAGAGAUUGACAUGGCACUGGAUCCAGCUCAUGUGUUAUAUGACAUGGAUAGUGCUGAUGAGGAGUGGAUAUCAACAACAAGAAAUUCUUGCGAUUCUAAUGGUGGUAAAAUGAUUGAGAUCACGGAAGAUUUGUUUGAAAGGGUCAUGGACAUGUGUGAGAAAUUUGCAUAUGCUCAACAGUGUAAUGAGUUUACAGGUGAUGAAAUAGAGGAAUUCAUGGCUGAUGUUGGUCCGCUAGAUGUUGUUAAAGAGAUUCAUGAGCACUGGUGUCAAAAGAGACAGAAGAAAGGCAUGCCUCUGAUUCGGCAGUUUCAGCCUGCAUUAUGGGAGCUUUACCAACAGCAAUUAAAAGAAUGGGAAUCAGCUAUGAACAAAAUGCACAGCUCAUCUGAUGGGUGUCAAGAUAAGGCAUGUUUGCUCAAGAAACCUCCCAUGUUUGCUUUCUGUUUAAGGCCACGAGGCUUGGAAGUACCUAACAAAGGGUCUAAGCAGAGGUCUCAUAAGAAACUAAUGUUCACAGGCCACCAUAAUGCUUUUGCAAGAGAGCAGGAUGCUUUCCAUGCUCAUGGCAGAAAAUUGAAUGGACCUUUAGUUGGAGAGGAGAGGACCUUAUUUGCUAUCCCGAGUUGUGAAUCUUCAGAUUCUUUUCAUUGGUUUCCAUCUCCAACCAGUUUCUCACCACGGGAUAGUUCAAGAACAGAAUCUCUCCUGACAAAUGAUAGCUUAGAGAGAUUUCCACACCCAAAGCUCAACAAAAGUAAUUCUAAGAAGAUGGUCAUGCUCCCAUCUGCCAGGGAUUCUCAAAUAACACCUUUCUCAUAUAAUCAAAAAUCAAAGAGAAAUGGACUCUACCAAUGGGGUCUUGACAUGCAUGAUUGGCCCAACACAAAGCAGUCACAGGGUGAUGGAUAUCAGAAUCAUCGAGCAGAUAUUGAUGAGUUCAGGUUGCGGGAUGCAUCAGGUGCAGCUCAGCAUGCAUUAAAUAUGGCCAAGCUUAAGAGAGAAAAAGCUGAGCGACUGCUGCACAGGGCUGAUGUUGCACUUCGCAGAGCUUUGGCUGCAGUUAUGACUGCAGAGGCAAUAAAAGCAUCUGAAAAAGAUUUGAUUGGUGAUUGGUGAAAUUGGAAAGAUUCAUGGGGCUUUUUUUGAGCAUAGGAAUAUCACACCUGAUUUUUAACACGUUGUACCAUUUUGCUGGACAGACUCUUCAUGGAGAUUGGCUUAUGUAUCUCCUUCAAGAAAGGACCUUUUAGUCAUAGACGAUGGAUUCCAAGUGAACUUUUGCAUCGGGGCUGUGCCGAGUCGGAUAAAAUGUUUUUGAGCUUUUGGUUCAGCUGCUUCGGCGAACCAUUUUGGCUUUCUGCUGUAGUUAUUGUCAUUAGACGGUGGGGUCUAUCACUCCAUUAAGUAGAUGGUGUAGUUUUUGUUUUUGGUUGCUAAUCUUUUUGUACAGAAAAUUCCCCCUCUUCACUUCUACCUUAUUGUGGAAAAUGUCCUCAAACAAUAGUACAUUUGGCUCAGAAUUAUUAUACACAUGAUGGAAGUUUUCUUUCACUUUUGA